AUGGCUCGUGAUGCGCGAGCGUUGUCCGACCCCGUCGGGUGCCUUAAGAAGUUUGACGUCGCAGUGGAGGCGGGCGGAGCCACCGUUGUCCUAGCCGCGGAAGACAAGUCCGUUCUCGCGGACGAUAGCGCCGACUUCACCGCCGCAGUCCUCGAUUUCGCGUGCAUGUCGGAUAUCGACGAGCCGCUGUGUAGCAUUAUCGUGUUUUUCAAGCCGAAAGACUGGCAGAACGAGGGCAGCGAGAGCUGCGCGACUCGACUCAUCCAUAUUGACCAGGGGGUGGGACCUGACGGGCACGCCUCGAAGGUGGAGGAGAUUGUAGUGCACGCGGUCGAGGCCAGGCAGGAGGAGUCCGACGACGAGAAAUAUGAGGAAGCAGAGGGCGAUCAAGAAACCGAGGGGGCGGGUGAAGGGGAUGGCGACGGCAAGGACGGGGAGCAGCGAGACCGCAAUCGCGAGGCCGCGGACCGUACGCUCCGUAGGUUGGAGGACACGAUGGUGGGACUGAAGGCUUUGAUUGCGGAUUCGAUUUCGGAUGCGGUGGCACGAACGCGUUACGAGAUGGCCCCGUGGGGAAGGAUGGGGACGUUCGAGGCAGGUGUGGCGACUGCCGCGGAUCGUGGAGGUGGAGGCAUCAGGAUGGUCACCGGACCCUUGCGCUUUGAAACCACAGAAGCAACGGGGAGCGAGGAUCGCGGGGUGAAGAGGCCAUCCGGGUUACCGACAUCCCGUUCACCCUCGCCGCCCCCCAAGAAAGCAAAGGGAUCGUCCAAGCAACCGGAGGCCCGAGAACCUGGCCGCGGGAGUUUGGCUCAGAAGUCCAAAGCCGCGGGUGCGACUGUCAAGAGGCCCUCGCCGAUCCCGUCUGGCACUGGAGGGCCGCCAGCAGCUGGAGGUGCCGCGACCCAGCAGGCUGGUGUGCCCUUGCUGCAUGGCGCAGAGGAAAUCCCUGACGCAGAUGCUAAGGCAACGGAGGCCAUGCAGAAGUGGUUGUCCAUGGUUCAGCACCCGGAGAAGGCGGACGCGAAGGGAAGCGCGAAAGGAAAGGAGAAGGAGGAUCCGAAAUGGGGCAUUGGUAUACGGCGAAACUCGCGGGGCUUGUUCACCUUGGAGCUUCACCACUCGUCACGCUGGUACUUCGGUUCCCACGCCAAGCUCCCUACCGUGCGGUUUUUGUGCGCGGUGGCACAGAUGGUGUGGAAUCAGCACAUUACCGAGGACAAGCUGGUUCUGACUGACGAGGAAAAAGAGGAGUGGACCUCCGAUCUUGAUGUGGCGAGGAUUAUGCACCCUGGAGUUUUCGCGGUGCUUUAUCUGCGAGGUAUCUGCGCGAGCCCCGAAAGGUCCGUAUAG